ACUUGAACUCAACAGCAAUAUAAAUUUCUCGAUUUCUCAUUUCCAUUUGAAACCAUCAAUUUUACAUUUUUCAGGAAUUUUGCAAAUAUGUGGCAAUCAAAAGAUGCUCUUUCACUGGCCAAACAGAAGACAGACCAUUCAGUAUGCAGUUCCAAUACUCACCGCAGACACUGCAAAGCCCCUGUGGCAGCACGUAGCCUCUCCUCCCAAGAAUCAACUAAUGAUCUAUGCCUACCAUCCAAAAGCAGCAAGAAUGGAGAUAACAAAGUUGAACAUUGUGCCCCCUUCUCGAGUCCAUCAGAUUCUGCUACAGUUGAUGAAAAGGAUGAAAUUGUUCCACUUUCAGGAAAGCCCUAUUUCGCAUGUGUUAUGACAAAGUCUCAAGUGCAGGCCCCCUUUCAACUGACGAUUCCAAAGAACAUUUGGAUGCUACUUCCAUCUGCCUGUGUUCCUGCGGUCCUCUCUUACCGAAACAAGACUUGGGAGAUGAGAUACUAUGGUGAUCGAAACUUGAGAAGAUUUGAUAGUGGAUGGAAACAUUUCGCGGUCGACAACAAUCUAAAGAUUGGAGAUGCUUGCGUUCUUGAACUAAUGGACGAUCAGCACUUGAAGUUUCAAGUUCAAAUUCUCCGAGGAGACAUCCCGAGAGAAAUUGUGGAAAGUGGCUGCAGUUUUGACACUCCUAUCAUGAUUGAAUAGGAUCAUUAGCUUGAGAAUAUGCAAGUCUUGAAUUUCAGGUACUACCGUUGUGUGCUUGUAAAUAAAACACGUACGUUUUGGAUCUCCUAUCUUAUAAAAAUAUCUUACAUUUAUGUGCUUAA